AUGGGCGGAACUUCCUCGACAGGCACGUCUUCCGCAGUGGGCGCGCGCAGGCGGCAUUUGGAGCGGGUGCUGCGCGCCGAGCUGCCGUGGAUGGGGGGCGCGCUGGACCCCCUGGUGGUGCAGAUAAUGCGCGAGGUGGUGGAGAUAGAGGAGAAAAUGAGAGAGGGGGAGGGCUUGAGGGAGGGAGUGAGGGAGGGAGUAAGGGAGGGAGUGAGGGGUGAGGAGGGGAGAAUGGAAGGGAGAGGAGAUGUAAAGCUGAAUGGGGAAGAAGGGCGAGAGGAGGAGGAGGGGAGUGAAAGGGAGAGUGGGAGGGAGAAGAGGGGAGGCGAGCUGGAAGAGAGAGGAGGGAAGGGGGUGACGGAAGAGGUGGAAGGGGCCGAUCGGGAGAAUGAGGAAGAUGAGGAUGAUGGGUACCUGGACGAGAGCCCAGGAGCACAAGCAGUAGAAGCGUGGUUCCGCGUGGCCUACCUCAGCAGAGAGAGAGGAAGCGGGCAGCUCUCACCUCUCAACACCCCUCCACGUCCCCAUCAGAGGCCCGGAGCAGAGGCCAUAGAGGCGUGGUUCCGCAUGGCCCCAGGAGCAGAGGCCAUAGAGGCAUGGUUUCGUGUGGCCUACUUGAGUCGAGAGAGGAAGAGGAGUGACAGGGAGGGCUGUUUGCGCGCUUUUGCUGCUCGGCAGAUGGCGGUGAAGCUGAUUACUGCUUAUAGAGGGGCGUGCAGAGAGGUGGGUGAGUGUGCUGUGCGGUGUGCUGUGCUGUAUGUUGCAGUGCAUGCAUCCCGUGGGCAGUCUCAGGGGCGGAUGGGGUGGGCUGUCUGUUCUUCUGCCUGCCUUUGCUGUGCUGCAGAUGGCGGUGAGUAUGAGUGGGGGAUGGUAUGGUUGGGUGCGGUGCGGUGUGGUGUGGUGAAUGUUGCAGUGCAUGCAGUCUCUGGGGCGACCGGGGAGGGCUGUUUGUGUGCCUUUGCUGCGCGGCAUAUGGCGGUGCUAACUACUGCUUAUAGGGGGGCGUGCAGGCAGGUGUCUCUCUCAGACGUCCCUCCAGGUUUCAACCCAGACGCUCACCCUCAACCUCGUCCCCCUUCCCUCCCGAUCCACCCUCCUUGCCGGCAGUGCUGGCCACCACGAGCGGACUGCACGUGCGAUGAGGUGUCACCUAACCCAACCGCAUUCAACUCCCAACCAGUCUCUUACUCCCAACAUCUUCCCCCUCCCGUGGGCAGGUGCUGGUUACCACGAGGCGACUGCACGUGUGACGAGGUGUUGUCGCCCAACCCCUUCCAACCCAUGAUGUGUCUUCCGGACCGCAUCCCACCAAUACCUCCUCCGCAUUUGAAUCACCCUGCUCCUUGCAGUGCUGGUUACCACGAGGGGACUGCACGUGUGACGAGGUUCAACGCCCCGCGCAUUGCUGCUGAGCAACGUGGUCAUCUGGCUCUACAUGCACCCUCAGGAAUGUCUGCGCCGAAACAACACAGGCAAGCUUCUGUGGCAGGUGGUGGGGGGAAGGAGGAGUGUGUAACAACACCCCCCAACCCACAUUCGCUGCCCAGCCACUCUUACCGUGUCUCCAUUCUCCUUGCUGCCCUGCCCCCCCCCAACCUCUCACUCACAGGACGCUCUGCGGCACAACAACACAACACAGGCAAGCUACUAUGGCAGGUGCUGGGGGGCGAGCACUCCCUGUUCCCUCUGUCUGCUGACUUUCUGCGGCGCAACAACACGGGCAAGCUGCUGUGGCAGGUGCUGGGGGGUGAGAGUGCGCGGCUGUGUGUGUUUGGCAUUAACGCUCACGAGGAGAGAAUGUGGGAUGAGCUGAAGCGAGCAGGUCCUGACUUCGUGAGGUGUGUGUACCCGGCGUCCUCUCCUCCCCCCGAUACCGUGCCGUCUAUGCACAUACCCUCCUCCUUCUCCUCCUCCUCAUCCUCGCCCUCCCCAGCGAGUAAGAAGCAGAGACAAAUUGAGUCGCACCACAGCACCACCGCCGCUGCUGAUGGCACUAGUAGUGCUGCUGCUGAUUCGGGGGCAGCAGAGGUCGCAGCAGCAGCAGCAGAGGCAGCAGCAGCACCAGAGGCAGCAGGGGGUGCGGCACUGGCAGCAGCAGCAGCCGACAGUGCAGCGCCUGCAUCGCUGUCGCCGUCAUCCUCACCUUCACCGCUUCACUUCAUUCUCAUUGACGGCACGUGGAGCAACUCCAAGGCCAUGACUGCUCGGCUCAAGGAAGCAGCACACAGGGCAUGGGAUGGGAGGGACUUGCCUUUCCUGUCUCUUCAACCACCACAGCCAUCAGUCAUGCACGGUCUCAGGCCUCAACCAGCAGAAGACAAGACGUGCACAGCAGCAGCAGCAUCAAGCCUUUUGCGUGAGCUUGGCGAAAGGGAGGAGAUGGACACACAACAGUUAUCAAAAGCAGCAGACGCCAUAGACGAUGCAUUGCUGUGUCUGCUUGACGCACUCACGGACCGAAGGAGAAGGACCCGUCACUCUCGCGUACAUUCCGCUACGAUAAGAGCAGAUUCGUUACCAUCAUCCAGCCACUCGGCAACAACGGACCCCUCCUCGCCCCUUUCCGCCGUGCACCCGCCCCCCUCCCCGCUCCCCCCCGCGCCCCUCCCCUGCCCCUGCGCCAUCUGCUCCCGCCGCGCGCUCAUCUCCGCUUCACUCCUCCUCUCCGCCUCCGCGCUCCCCGCAAACGCAGCCGAUUCCGCGCAAACUGCGGAGGCGGCGCAAGCAGCGCUGGCGGCGGUGCGGGGCGGGAAAUGGCGGUGGCAGGAGGAGCUAUUCGCGUGGAUGAUGGCGACCGGUAUGAAGGAGUAUGAGGAGAGUGUAGAGGGGUAUAAGCUGGCUUUAUUUGAGCCUCUUCGAUCGGAAAUCGGUAUAGUAACAGGAGUGGAGAGUGGUGAAGCAGUUAGAGGAGGAGGGAUGGUGGAAUCAGGGAGCGAUGCGGUUUUUAGAUUGGUGGAGAUCGGUGUUGGAGCGGGCCCCAACUUCCGCUUCUACACCCAGGACUCGUUACAGACGCAAUCUGCGCCAGGUUUCGAGGUUGUGGGUGUAGAUCCGAAUCCGUCGAUGCAGCCAUAUGCAGAGGCGUCGGCAGCAGCAGCAGGGUUGGCAGGGAACCGAUUUCGAUUUGUUCAAGGAGUGGGGGAAGCGCUCCCAUUGGAUGACGGCUGUGCUGACGUGGUAGUGUGUUCCCUGGUGCUGUGUUCGGUAGCUGACGUCAGGCAGUGCGUCAGCGAGAUAAAGCGGAUUCUCAAGCCUGGAGGAAGCUACUACUUUCUGGAGCAUGUAGCAGCACCGCAAGGCACCUCUCUGCACCUCUGGCAAUCCAUCCUAGACCUCUUACAGCCCCUGCUAUACGACGGCUGUCACAUCACUCGCAACCCCCUCCCCACCAUCAAGCUAUCAGGCUUCGCUGCAGUUAAAGCUAGGGAGGUGAUGCUGCCAGGGCAAUGGCUAAUCAGCCCACACGUGAUUGGCCAAGCGACUAAAGCUUAG